AUGGAAACCUAUCCCGGAGAAAUAUUAGUGGGGGUCUUUCCCUUGGUCUUUUGCGUCGAUGCCACCUUUGAUAAUGCUGUCGGUACACCAAAAGGAUCAUCAACGAAGCCUCCGCAGUCUCGAAGUCAAUUUGAUCGAUUCCUAGAUGCCAUGGCCUCUAGUUUGAUGGACGAUUCGGUGGGAGAUCAUCCACUUGGCAGUACUGGAUCCGCAACGGCAUCCAAAGAUGUAUUGAAUGCGCUACUGAGAAAUCAAUCGGCAGAUGAUUCCGAUGACGAUGAAGCCUUGCUCUCGCACACGGUACCACGUUCUGCAUCCAGGGAUGACACUUCCUUCAAAUCCAGUGACUCGAUAGGGACUACCUCCAAACGAUUCCAACUGGGCCGCAAGAAACGGAACAAGUCUUCGCUAGAACCACCCUUGCACCAACAUGAUCUCGAUGUUUCCUAUGCUCAAGCACUGCAAAAUGGACAAGGAUUCUUCCAACGCGCCCGUAUCAUGUCCAUUUCCGCACGGCAUGGAUUUCCACCCUCCAAGGAUGCCACUGGAGACAAUAAUCGAGUGCAUCAAUUCUACAUUGGCAAGAACUUCAAUACGAUGCGUCUAGUCAAUACCAUGAGAGGCAAACCAGUCGAUGGUAUCCUUCCAUCAGGAUGGGUCGAAAAGCAUGCACAUGCACUGCCGUCUGUCAUUUUGGUGGUGGUCCAAGUAACCUGUGAUCAGACUCAAUUCACUCACGACGAAAAUCUCAUGAACACCUUGGAGAAUCUGCGAUAUUCCUUGGCACCCAAACGUCAAUGUCCAGUGCACAUUGUAGGCUUGGUCCAAGAAGGUGUGACCAACGUGCUUGCGGAACAAUGGAGUGCCAAUGUUAGCAAAAAGGUGCAGAAUGGAGAAACAAUAAUGUUGCUCCACAAUCGAGAUUUGCAACAGGAUGCCCCUCCUUCGAUUGCCCUGCAAUAUUUGCACAGCUUUACACGACAAGCUUCCUAUCAAUACUAUUCCAGACAGGCUUCCCGCAUCAAGCAAAAAUUGGCCAAAUUGGGACCCUCGAGGUUCUCUCCCAUUCUCUUGCCCUUGAGCAUUCGGUAUUGCUUCAAGAUUGCCUUGUUUCACGAAUUUCAAUGGCAAGAACAAAAAUCCAUCAAAUUCAUGCUGGAAGCCUAUAGGAAUGCAGAUCUAUAUUACCGGUACCUUUUGCAUCGCAAACAACACAAGCAACGAACCGGAGAAGACCUCUUUCAAAAACAACAACAAGCUUCCUCUGCUGCCCCACCUUCUCUAAUGGACAAGGUUUCCAUGUCUCAAGAUUCCAUGUCGACUGGUGGUGGAGAUUUGGAAAUGGAAGGCAUCGAAUUGGCACUGGAAUCGGGCAUUACCCAAGUCCGACGGGAAUUGACGGAAGAAGAAAUCAACUUUUUGAAAUCCUAUCCGCCACCCGAAGACAUGUUGCACCAGUGCCGCAAGAUUGCCGAUUGGAUCAAUUUCAAAAUCUUGCAAUCUGGUCUAACCUCGCAUGUCGAAGGUGGAUUGUUGGCGGUCGCCAAACAAUGGCAAAAACAUUCGGCAGCCUUUUGUUCUCCCCGACGAUCCUUCGUGUCAGUAUCCCUUGGUGGCCCCGGGGCCUGGAUGGAUUGGGCCUAUGUGGCACACCAACGCAUGGUCGUAUCGCAGCUAUUGGAACGACAUCCACCCAAGGCCAUUGAUGGUACCAAUCGAGAGAUGGACGAAAUCCUAUUUCGGUGUUCUCCUUGGAGGACCUACGAGGCGACGGCCGAAGCUAUAUUGAGAUUGGGUGCGGAAAUUCGAUUGAUUCAAGAAAAGGGUGAACUGUUUGAAGAAAACGUACCACAGGAUAGCAUGAGACAAAAGUUUGUGGGCGGGUUGGAUACCGAUGGGCAUUUGCCAACUUUGGAAGAAGAAUCCAAAAUCAAUCAUAGGGAGGUGGCAUUGGCAUGCAUCGAACGUGCCCUUUCAUUAUUGCAACGACAAGUCAACUCGAGUCCCAACUUGACUUGGAAGCGAUCUGCUGCCCGCUUGGAGUAUCUGGCUGGGGGUACUUUGCUCGGAUUGGGUCGACACCAAGAGGCAAUUCCUCAUCUCACCACGGCCGCCACCUUGUGCGACGGGUGGCCUGGCUUGGAAGUGACCAUACGGCGCAUGUUGAUCAGAUGCUACGAACAACACAUUCCUUCACAAGGUGACGAUGAGAAGAAGCUUGCUUCUGCCUUGUUGGAUACAUAUUUUAAUGCACAAAUGACCAAUGCCGAUUUGAGAAAAGCAUUGGUACGGUAUUCGGAACUGAGUGGAGGAGGUUCGGUGGAAUGGUACCGAGAUUGCAAUGACGAAGCAGACUCGACUCUUCCGUUUUCCUUUUUUCUCAGUUUUCCGUCCAUUACCCAUGCCUUUGCUGGCGACAAGGUGAAAGCACGUUUGAUGCUGAAAUCCAACUUGGAUUAUGCCGUUCAGGUUGAUUCUGUGACAUUGAAAAGCCUUGCCGGUUCCGUCUCGAUUCCUUCCACUGAUUUGCAGUGCGCCAAGAAUGCCGAUCAAGGAAGUGGUAGGGGAAUAAUAAUGCAAGCAAAGGCAGAGAUUUUGCUGUCGACAGAAAUUCAACUGCCGAAGGAUAUCAAUGACAUUGCCAUAGACGAAACUGGAAAUGGAGGCGAGAAGGAGGGUUCGGCUGGCAAAGGGUCCUUUUCAAAAACUGCUCGACCGCGCACAGGUGGAAUUUCAUCUGGAGCCGGUGCAAGAUUGGUGGAAGAAGACGUGAAUGCGGACAAAAAGGGUGGACAAAGCAGCGGUCAGUGGAGUCUCCGGUGUUUGGGCGGGCGACCUCUGCGAUGCGAUGGAUUGAAGAUAGAUUUCUACCCUGUUCAAUCUGCAACUGGCGAUGGGAAGAAUACAGUUGUCGAGCUCACCAUCGAGAAGAAAUAUGCGAGAACGGAUGCCAACAUUAAGCGAACUCCAUUCGAAGAAGACAAUUACCUUGCUUCAGCAUGGAGAAGACCAAAACUAGCGCCCAUGGCAUGGGGACCGCGUUGCCUGCGCGUGUUGUCUCCAAUGGCAGACAUGGUGAUCACCAAUCUGACCGAGCAGAAAACAAAUGGAAAAGCUAUGGAAGGUGCCGUAAAUCGGGUAUUGCUCAAAUUUAAAGCGGGCGAGUUCGAGCGAUGCAUGGGUGUGAAGGUGAAAAUUUCGUGCUCAAGUUUCCUGGUAUCACCAGAAGGAAAAGUGAGACGGAUUGUGGGCUCGCAAGAAGCUGGAUCCGAUGAAUCUUGUCUCAGCAAGGAGAACCCCAAUGUUCGAACACCCACACUGGUCAAGAAACAGGAGGGCCUGCCUCCGCAACCUGCAGACGUGGGCUAUACUCUCCCAGAGGGUUGGGGCGGCAAUGAAUCUUCUGAUUUCGUAUCGAUUGCACCCCAGCUCAAUGGCGGUGAAUCCGCCUUUACCUAUUUUGAUUUAUACCGCCCUCUGCCACCUAUCAGCCGGGCGCAGUUUGUAUUGUCAGAGGGAAGCGACGGAGACGAGUUUUCAUUUGACCAAGACAUGUGUCAAACUGAUGUGGAUGUAACCGUAUCGUAUCGCCAAGAGCGUCCAUCACAAAAAGGAAAUCAACCAUUGAGACGGAGAGGCAGAAGGAAGCCAGACGAAGUUCAAGCUUCGGAAGAGGAACUGACCGAGGUGGAAGAUGACAUUGUUACGCUCGAAUACAAUGCUCGUGUGCAAUGGGCAGCGCCAAUUUCAGCUGUAUUCAAGCUCGGUUUGAAUGAUAGUCAUCCUUGUGGAAAUCGGCACCCAUCCAAUCUCCUUCCCGAUCCGAACGCUACAAGUCCCCGACACCAUGAGUCAUCAGAUAUUGUCGCAUUGCAUGGGGAAAGAGUCGGAGCCAGGUGUACUUUGGAGGCUGUUGCAGCAGAUGACAGCCUAGUCCCAAAUAUUGAAGAAGUUCGAUUCAAGAAUGACGAAGGCGAACAUCCUUGCGAGUUCAAGUUAUUGACAGGAAAAGACGAAUCUGGAUUACUCUACAAGGGAGAAGAUGGCGACUCUUGCCGCGAGCUUCUUCCUGGAACUACAUUUGCUUUUUCUUGGACAGCGCUGGCUGAAGUGAAUCCGAGGUAUCAACAGAUACCAACGAGCUCUUCUUUGGGAGUAAUAUCAGUUGGCUGGAACCCUGCCCCAUUGACUCUUCCCGACGAUUAUGUGACUUCGGAUUCUAGUGAGCCCAUCUCGGAACAUGGUCCAUUGCCGCUAAAGACACCUCCAACCUGCAGGUUUAUCGGACCCCCAUGUUACAUUGAGAAGGCACCAUUUGCUGUCAAGAUGAAUCGUCUCCAAUCUUCUCCAAAGGUGGGAUCUCCCUUUUCGAUAUCCUACCAAAUUAAAAACAUGACCCCGCAGCAUCAAGCGCUGAAAGUCAGCUUUAAAGGCUCCAUUGCCGAUAGAGAGGCACAGGGUUACAUGCUAUCCGGUCUUGUCGAUGGCACAGUCGCCUUGGGUGCAUUUGAAAUCCACAAUCUUUGCUACACUGUCAUUGCGACCCGAGCAGGCGCCAUCCAAAUGCCCCGAGUCUGUGUUUCCAGUGAUCGAUUUGGAACCUGGGUAAUCAAGGAGACUCUCACUGACCGGAAGGAACUUUUUAUUGUUCCCUAA